AUUUACCAAUUUCUGAAACGAAAAGUACAUGUAUUUCCAUAUACUGUACUCUUUUUUUUUUUUUUUUGCAAUGGGAGCUUUCCAUUUUUCAGAUUAGUGUUCUAAGGGAAUAAAGUUUUGUUUCUUUUCCCCCCUUGAAUUACUCUCUGUCCGACGGUCUCUCUUCGCUCCGGUGGGGGUUGGUCUGCUGCUUCGGCUUGUGCACUUCUUUGUUCGGCUUAUCAGUAUCACCACUUGUUUAGGCUUCCUAGUUUGUGAAUUAAGCUUUGUCGAUGAGCUAGUCUGAUCAAUCGUGGUUGUUUGGAUUCUAGCUUUGCUUGUUAAGCGUUGAGAUUCUCUCGACUUUACAAUGGGGGACUCAGAUAAUGCUCAGCAACCUUCCAAAAAGAGAGCUGCUCUCAAGGAGCUCUCUCGUGACAAUCCUGGCCUUGAUGAUGAUGAUGAAGACAUUUCUGCACUCGUGACUGGUACUUUCAAGACUGCAAGUGAGGAGGUGUUGGCUACCCGAAGAAUUGUUAGAGUUAAGCGCAGAGAUCCUUCUGCAGCUGCACCACCACCAGCUUCCAACCCAUUUGCUGGAAUUCGUUUGUUCCCUUUUACUGCUGAAGCUGAAGAAACGAAUAAGCCUUUGUCUGGGUCAAAUUCGACCCCCUCUGAAGGAAAACAAGAGACACAGGAUGAUGGAAGAUGUGAUGCGACCAAGGAAAUUACUGACAGUGGCAAUAAAGAGAAGAGUGAGGCAGUUACUACUGGAGAGGGUGCUGAAGCUGAAAACAAGAUAGAAAGCGAGACAAAAACAAAGACAGAAAUUGAUGUUGCUGCUGGGGAAAAGACUGAAACGGCUAAAGAUGACAAUGACAAUAGCGACUCUAUUAAGAGGACUGACUGUGUUGACAAGGAUUCAGGUGGUAAUCAGACUGAGAAAGAAGGUAAAGAAGGCGAUGGAAAUGAAGACACAGAGAAGAAUGGAGAUAGUGGAGCCUUGAGCUCUUUCCACCAGCACUCCAGUAGCAAAAACGCAUUCACAGGACUUGCUAGUACAGGGUUCUCUUCUUCUUCAUUCUCGUUUGGUUUGGUUCCACAGGAAGGUUCAACUGGGUCUGGGUCUGUGACUGAACAAUCAUCCUUCAGUUUUGGCCUAUCAAACAAUGGAAACUCUUCCCUGUUUGGUGCAUCCGGCUUUACUUCCAUUACCACGAAGAGCACAGCAACUACUACUGCCUUCCCAUCAAAGCAAGAUGUUUCAGUGGAAACAGGAGAAGAGAACGAGAAAGCGGCCUUCACAGCUGAUUCAGUAAUGUUUGAAUAUCUUGCAGGAGGAUGGAAAGAACGUGGGAAAGGAGAACUCAAGGUAAACAUAUCGACGACUAAGGACAGAAAAGCCAGGUUGGUGAUGAGAUCCAGAGGAAACUAUAGGUUGAUCCUAAAUGCAAGUCUUUACCCGGAAAUGAAACUGACGAACAUGGACAAGAAAGGAAUCACAUUUGCUUGUGUGAAUAGUAUAAAUGAAGCCGAGAAAGGUCUCUCUACAUUCGCACUCAAGUUCAAGGACCCAGCUGUAGUGGAAGAGUUCCGAGCAGUUAUCGAAAAACACAAAGAAAGUAAACCUGCCGUAGUAGAAGCAGCAGCUCCUUUAAAGACACCUGAGAACUCGCCAAGGGCUGAAGACGCUUGAAGGUAAAAACUUUGAAACAUCUCGUCGUCUUAGUGUCCUUGUGUUCUUGUCUGUGUUGUUUGAAGUUCAAAUUCGGCAGAGAGAAUAGAGAGGUUAUAUAGAUCACUUGAACUCCCUAUGGAUAUCUUAUUAUGAAUCAAUAUUGGAUGUUACUGUUUUUCUUCAAUAAGCGUUUUAUAACUCAGCA